GUUUAAUAACAAAAUCAUCACCAUCGAUCUGACCAGAGCUCCUUCUUUGAGCAAGGUUUUUCUGGGUGCUUUUCUACAGCAAUGGCGGCGAGAGGUGCUCUGCUUAAAUAUCUCAUUGUCAAUGUCACACCUUCUCUUCAAAUCUCAAGCCGUAUCACUUCCCCUCCUUUGUAUGUUCUUCUUCGGCGUUUCUCUAAAGAAGUUAGAGCAUUCCUCUACACAUCUGAAGUCACAUAUCGCUUUCUCUCUAUCGUCAAAAACUUCCAAAAAUUUGAGCCUUCUAAAGUAUUUUCAGAUUCUUACCUCUGA